AUGGGGAACCGCAGCACCGCGGACCCGGACCGGCUGCUGGCCGGACGCGGGCCGGGCGCGGGGGCGGCUGUGGGGCUGGCAGGGCCGGGCGCGGCGGCGCUGGUUGGGGGCGUGCUGCUCAUCGGCGCGGUGCUCGCGGGGAACUCGCUCGUGUGCGUGAGCGUGGCCACCGAGCGCGCCCUGCAGACGCCCACCAACUCCUUCAUCGUGAGCCUGGCGGCCGCCGACCUCCUGCUCGCUCUCCUGGUGCUGCCGCUCUUCGUCUACUCCGAGGUCCAGGGUGGCGCGUGGCUGCUGAGCCCCCGCCUGUGCGACGCCCUCAUGGCCAUGGACGUCAUGCUGUGCACCGCCUCUAUCUUCAACCUGUGCGCCAUCAGCGUGGACAGGUUCGUGGCCGUGGCCGUGCCGCUGCGCUACAACCGCCAGGGCGGGAGCCGCCGGCAGCUGCUGCUCAUCGGCGCCACGUGGCUGCUGUCCGCAGCGGUGGCGGCGCCCGUGCUGUGCGGCCUCAACGACGUGCGCGGCCGUGACCCCGCCGUGUGCCGCCUGGAGGACCGCGACUACGUGGUCUACUCGUCCGUGUGCUCCUUCUUCCUACCCUGUCCGCUCAUGCUGCUGCUCUACUGGGCCACGUUCCGCGGCCUGCGGCGCUGGGAGGUGGCCCGUCGCGCCAAGCUGCACGGCCGCGCGCCCCGCCGACCCAGCGGCCCCGGCCCUCCUUCCCUUGCGCCCCGCCUUCCCCAGGACCCCUGCGGCCCCGACUGCGCGCCCCCAGCGCCCGGCCUUCCCCAGGGUCUCCGCGGCCCCGACUGCGCGCCCCCAGCGCCCGGCCUUCCCCAGGGUCUCCGCGGCCCCGACUGCGCGCCCCCAGCGCCCGGCCUUCCCCAGGGUCUCCGCGGCCCCGACUGCGCGCCCCCCGCGCCCCGCCUUCCCCAGGACCCCUGCGGCCCCGACUGCGCGCCCCCAGCGCCCGGCCUUCCCCAGGACCCCUGCGGCCCCGACUGCGCGCCCCCCGCGCCCCGCCUUCCCCAGGACCCCUGCGACUCCAACUGUGCGCCCCCAGACGCCGUCCGAGCCGCUGCGCUCCCACCCCAGACCCCACCGCAGACCCGCAGGAGGCGGCGUGCCAAGAUCACCGGCCGGGAGCGCAAGGCCAUGAGGGUCCUGCCAGUGGUAGUCGGGGCCUUCCUGCUGUGCUGGACGCCCUUCUUCGUGGUGCACAUCACACAGGCGCUGUGUCCUGCCUGCUCCGUGCCCCCGCGGCUGGUUAGCGCGGUCACCUGGUUGGGCUACGUCAACAGCGCCCUCAAUCCCGUCAUCUACACUGUCUUCAACGCCGAGUUCCGCAGUGUCUUCCGCAAGGCCCUGCGUGCCUGCUGCUGAGCCGGCACCCCACCCCCACCCCCCGCGGCCUGGGCACCGGCCUGGUGGGCCAGGCCUCAGGGACCAAGGAUAUGGGGAGGACGGUUUUGUACGUUAAUUAAACAAAUUCCUUCCC